CACACAGAGGAUCUUCAAUGAGGCUCAAUUCAUCCUGUUUGCCUGUGCAGUGCACAAGUCCUCAGCACACGGACGGUGUACACAUAGGUGACAGCUUAGAGCAGAUCCGGAUACUUUGUACGGUCCGCACUGAUAUGAGAGGCGCACACUGCUGCUGUCAAUAUGGAGACAUCUGAAAACAGGAAGAGAUGCCUGAGGUUUCAUCCAUCAUGGAAGCAGAAUGUUUUGCCAUGGGUUCUGCUGUUGAUUGCGCUGGUAAUGGGGUUUCCAGGAAGUGUUGAUGCUGGUGGAAAGUCUUACACCGGGCCCUGUGGUGGAAGAGACUGCAGUCAAGGGUGUCAGUGUUUUCCGGAGAAGGGCAGUCGGGGACAACCUGGGCAACUUGGUGGACAAGGUCCCCAAGGGCCACAAGGAAUCAUUGGAAUAGCAGGCUUACAAGGACGUAAAGGAGACAAAGGUGAAAGAGGUCAUCCAGGUAUUUCUGGACCGACAGGAGAUAAGGGUCAAAGUGGUGUCACAGGUUUUUCAGGAGCCAAUGGUGUGCCUGGCCAUGUUGGGCAAGGUGGUUCAAGAGGAAAGCCAGGGCAUGAUGGCUGCAAUGGAACAAAAGGUGAUGCUGGUGAGGCCGGCUUUCAAGGCAUAAGAGGACCUUUGGGGCCUUUGGGUAACCCAGGUAUCAAAGGUCAUAAAGGAGAUCCCUUUUAUAUAUCAGAAGACAUGAAGAAAAGAAUAAGAGGUGAACCUGGUGAACCUGGAUUAGCAGGAUACCCAGGUCCAAAUGGUCCUCCAGGUAAAGUGGGAUUCAUCGGUCCAAUGGGUGAACUAGGAUUACCUGGACCAGCGGGACCUCCUGGAUCAGCAGGACCACCAGGCAGCAAAGGGAUUGGAUUUUUUGGACAGAAGGGAGAAAUGGGUGACCCAGGCAAGCCAGGGCCCCCAGGCGUUCCAUGCCAAACACAGGGUGAGCCUGGAACAACAGGACCCACGGGUGCACCGUGCCACUUAGAGCAAGUUAAGCCUUCUGAUACUUCCAUAAUAGAUUAUUUGGCUGAAAAGGGUGAAAAAGGAGAGAGGGGGGACUAUGGAGCACCAGGUGAAGGCGUUUCAUCAGGAGAGCUUGGAGAAGAAGGUAUCAUGGGCUUCCCUGGAACAAGGGGACCUUCUGGAAAUGAUGGUGCACCUGGAGAAAAAGGAGAAAAUGGAUUGCCUGGACUCAAUGGUAAUCCUGGAAUACCUGGCUUUAAAGGACUUAAGGGAGAAGAAGGUGAAAGAGGUGUUCCUGGGCCACCAACCUAUGCUACAAAUCUUAAAACACAGAAAGGAGAACAAGGAGAUCCAGGAUUUCCUGGUAAUGUUGGUCUUGAUGGAGAAACUGGAGAGAAAGGAAGUCCUGGCCUUCCGGGCUUAAUGGGUUUACCCAGCCCUUUCCCAGGUCCCCCAGGAUUUCCAGGAUUGACAGGUGAAAAGGGUCAAAAAGGAUAUCAAGGAAACUCGGGAUUACCUGCUUUUCAAAAAGGGAGAGAUGGGGAACCAGGAGAGCCUGGCCCAAGAGGACCCAGUGGUUUUCCAGGGUAUCCAGGUGGGCGCAUUGGAAGAAAAGGUGCUAAAGGAUCGCCAGGAAAUGAUGGGUCGGAUGGAUAUCCUGGCUAUGCUGGUUUAAAAGGACUUAAAGGUGAACAGGGAGAUUGCAAAUGUUCAGCUGGUGAUGAAGCUACAAAGGGACCUGCUGGGGAUCCAGGCCCUGUAGGCUUUGCUGGCCUUACUGGCGAAAUUGGUUCUAAAGGUGAAAAAGGGGACAGAGGAGGUCCUGGUCUUCCAGGUGCUCCUGGUAUUAAGGGGCCUGCAGGCUUUAAUGGUCUUCCUGGUCCUGUGGGAGAGAAAGGAGACGGAGUAAUCGCUACCGAAAAAGGUGCAAAAGGUGAGCGAGGAACCCCUGGCACCCAAGGUGCUGAAGGAUUUGAAGGGUUUUCAGGAAAGGACGGAUUAUAUGGUAUUCCUGGCUCCUCAGGUCCUCCUGGUGAUGCUCCAAAAGGACUUCUAGGAGAGCCUGGGUUUGCAGGUUCUCCAGGUCUUGAAGGAGCUCGAGGUGAGCCUGGGUUACCAGGUGUAGGAUUUCCAGGGCCAAAGGGUGCACAUGGGGCUCCUGGACAGCCAGGAAGAAAUGGAUCACCAGGAAUUCCAGGACUUCAAGGUUUACCAGGCGACUGCUUUAAGGAGCCCGGAGAAGACAAUCAAGUAGGCCAAAGACCUGUAUUUCCAGGCCGUGGGUGCACAUUAACUCCACCACCAGCUCCGGCAGGAACAAGAGGUCCUCCAGGAUUACCAGGAUUUAACGGUGUAAGAGGUGUAAAAGGCCAUAUAGGUCAGUCAGGUGCAGAUGGAAUGCAUGGAUUUAAAGGAGUCAGAGGUGACACUGGACCUGAUAGCUUGCCUGGUCCACAAGGAUUCCCAGGUCGAAGAGGAGAUCGUGGUAAGCCUGGAACAUCAGGAUUACCAGGAGAACGUGGUCCAUCAGGAAAUCCGGGCGCACAGGGAUAUCAAGGUACAAAAGGUAUCCCUGGUGAUGUGCUGGGAGCUCCAUCUGGAUCCCGAGGCGACGUUGGCUGGCCUGGCUUUUCAGGCCUGAAAGGUGUACAAGGCGACGCAGGCUUUCCAGGAUUUCAAGGUAUCAAUGGAAGACCUGGGACCCCAGGACUGAAAGGCAUUUCAGGUGAUCCUGGAAUUCCUGGAACUCCUGGAUUACCAGGUCCAUCAGGGAAUGGUGGUUUUCCAGGAAUGCAAGGGAAACCAGGGAAGCCAGGAACAGUGGGCCACUCCGGACUUCCAGGUUCUCCUGGAUCACGAGGUGACGAAGGAGAACAAGGAAACCCAGGACAAGCUUGGAAAAAAGGUGAAGCUGGAGAUGAAGGAGAAUUGGGAAUUGCUGGCAUAAGAGGAAGAAUUGGAGAUCCAGGUUUCCCAGGGUUGACUGGUAUGGGCGGACACCCUGGUGUAAAGGGAGUGAGAGGUUCUUCUGGAAUGGGAGGUUUCGAAGGAAUGAAGGGUGAGAAAGGACGGUCUGCCUUUGAUGGUCCUAAGGGCCAAUAUGGCAAUUUUGGCUUACCAGGAGAAAGAGGAAACCCAGGAGUAUCAGGAAACAAAGGUGAUCGAGGGGAGGAGGGACCACCGGGACCAGAACCAAAAAUGGAGGAAAGUAUGCUAGAGAAGAUGAAGGGCGAAAAAGGAAUUCUAGGUGUUCCUGGAUCUCCUGGAGUUCCUGGGCUAAAUGGAACUAAAGGAAUGCCUGGCCACCCUGGAAAUCCUGGACUAUCUGGUUCACCUGGAAUGCCAAGCUUUGACACAGGGAAUAAAGGAGAUGCUGGACAAAGUGGGUUUCUUGGUUUUCCUGGUUCCCAGGGACCAGUUGGUCCUCCAGGCAUUCGUGGAUUCCCAGGAUUUACAGGUCCUAGAGGUUCAAAAGGCAUGCCCGGUUUAUAUGGAAUUCCUGGUUACAAAGGAGAGUUUGGAGAUAAAGGUCAAACAGGAGACUCUAUGGAUUUACCAGGAGAGAGAGGGAACAAGGGUGUGAUAGGUGACCAUGGGUUUCCUGGACAAAGAGGAAUACAUGGAGAAAAAGGAUUCUCAGGAGAUGCAGGUUUUCCUGGCAUUGAAGGAAUGAGUGGAGAUCCUGGACAACCAGGACAAAAAGGCCAAACAGGUUUACCUGGCUUGUUGGGCAUAUCUGGACCUCAGGGGGAUCCUGGAUUUCCAGGAGUCCAUGGUGAAAAGGGAAAUUCUGGUUUCUCUGGUUUACCGGGUCAACAAGGUUUCCCUGGAUUCAGAGGACGUUCUGGACUUGAUGGCUUGAAGGGUACAAAGGGCCUUCAGGGACCAGCAGGGGUGGAUGUCUUUGGUGUCAGCGGUAUUAAAGGCACUCCUGGGCAAAAAGGUGAUCAGGGAGAACAAAACACUCUAGCUGGACUUCCUGGUAACACAGGUGGAAUAGGUGCCAGGGGAGAGCCAGGUGUACCAGGUGUAACUGGUUUGCCUGGAUUAAUUGGAGUUCGUGGACUUCCAGGUGCAUCAAAUUUGUCCGGAAUCCCAGGAGAUAUUGGGCCCGCGGGGCCUCCUGGACAGCCAGGCCAUCCAGGGCCACAAGGAAGACCAGGUGUGUCCUCUCGACCUGGUGAGAAAGGAGAUCCAGGACCAUUUGGAAUACAAGGAAUUGUUGGUGAGAGAGGAACUCCUGGUGACAGAGGAUUCCAAGGUUUUACUGGCAUUCCUGGUUAUCUUGGGUUAAAAGGUCAGAAAGGUCAACAGGGCAUUAUUGGGGACUUUGGAUUACCUGGAUUUUCAGGAGACACAGGGCCUAAAGGACCAAAAGGUGACAGAGGGUCUACAGGUCUACAGGGUGCUCCUGGAGAGCCAGGAUUACCUCCAGUACCCGUGCGCAUGAAAGUGGACUCAGGUCCUGUUGGUGUGUUUGGAAUUGUUGGUCCACAAGGCAUUCCAGGUGACAUGGGACCUCGGGGUCCUGAAGGUGCUAAAGGUGUUCAUGGUCCACAGGGUAAGGAAGGAGUACCUGGAAUACCUGGAAGGUCUGCUGCCCCUGGUGCUAGAGGAGACCUGGGAUCAAUGGGACAAAGAGGACCUGAAGGAGGUAGAGGAACUUCAGGUGUACCUGGUAGUGCUGGACAUCCAGGGAUGCCAGGAAGAAGUGUGAACAUUGGCUAUCUUCUAGUGAAACACAGCCAGACUGAGCAAGAGCCAAUGUGUCCCGUUGGCAUGGCCAAAUUAUGGAGUGGAUACAGUCUAUUGUAUUUUGAAGGACAGGAGAAAGCACACAAUCAAGACCUAGGUCUCGCUGGAUCUUGCUUGCAGCGCUUCAACACAAUGCCUUUCCUGUACUGCAACCCAGGUGAUGUGUGCUACUACGCCAGCCGUAAUGACAAAUCCUAUUGGCUGUCAACCACUGCUUCUCUUCCAAUGAUGCCUGUGGUUGAAGAUGAAAUCAAGCCUUACAUAAGUCGUUGUACGGUCUGUGAGGCUCCUGCAGUAGCAAUUGCUUUUCACAGCCAAGAUAGCUCCAUCCCGUUCUGUCCAGAUGGCUGGCGAAGCUUGUGGAUUGGAUAUUCAUUUCUUAUGCAUACAGCCGCCGGUGACGAGGGAGGAGGACAGUCCCUUUCUUCUCCUGGUAGCUGCCUGGAAGACUUUAGAGCGACUCCAUUCAUUGAGUGCAAUGGUGCUCGUGGGACUUGCCACUACUUUGCCAACAAGUACAGCUUCUGGCUUACCACCAUUGACAACAACUUCCAUAGCUCUCCGGCUUCAGAUACACUGAAAGCUGGCCUCAUUAGAACUCGUAUCAGUCGCUGUCAAGUUUGCAUGAAAUAUCUGUAAAAUAUAUUUAUCUUUUUUAUGUGAAAAAAUCAAAUUAACAGAAUUAAUAUUGGUGCUAUAUUUUUAACUUAUUACCUCACUAAAUACAAGCUGAUCACACAUUUCUUACUCCUACAUAUAAAGUUAUUUUUUUUUUACUCUUACACUUGUCGCUGGGAUCAAUGUGUCUUCCAGAACGUCCAUUUAGGCCAUAAACAUGUAUAGCUAAUUUUAGCCCAAGCAUAUUUAUAUACAAGGUGUUUUUCAUUUAUAAUAUUACCAGACAAAAUAAAAAAUGAAAACCCAUGUA